UAAUGCACGUGACGGUUUCGAUUAGGAUUAUCAUCGAAGUAAAGUCAGUCAACACCUUGUUGAAGUGCUGUAUUGACGAAUAGUCAAUAUAUAAGCGUUAUCUUGGGAACGCUCCGAAAUCCAGAGUGGAGAAUCAUCUGCAAACAGCAAACCCGGACUUCGGUCGACGAGGAAAUCGGCCGAGUAUCAAACCUGUCAUCGGGACGCGAAGUUGGGGUGCGACAUACCGGCGCCCCACCCUUCGGCAGUCAAGUGUUGUCGUAAACUUGGUUUUGUUUCUAGUAUUGCAAAUCGAGACCAUCGACUAUGGACGAUCUUCGACGGGGAUCUCUUGACUCGUAAAGUGAUAAUUUUCCAACUUGAAUUCAUCCAUCGUAUUGAUUGAAUGUCAUAAAAAUCAAUUCGUCACCGUCAUUUUAACAUCCUUCAGUGAGCCACAUAACCUAUGACGUGCCCUUUUACAGUCGUGGUUGUGUAGAUAUUUCAAUUCAAGAAUGUGCAGUGAUUGCGAUUUGGGGUUUUGUUCAACUACGUAAUCACUUACGUGUAUCUCGUUCCAAGUAUUACAUAAAAAGUCCAGCAUGUAUGCCCUACAAAUGCAAACUGCCUGUCAGGGCGAAGGCAGUGGUGAACCGGAAGAUCCAAGUAGUAUACAACAGGAGCCAACCCAACCUGCUACUCAGGAUUGUAGUGCGUACGACAUUGUCAGAGCUGCACAGUAUGGCGCCUUGGAGCGAGUUACUGAAUUAGUUGAAGCUGGGGCAAAUGUGAAUCAACCGGAUUCUGAGACUGUUACUCUCUUGCAUUGGGCGUCGAUCAACAAUCGAAAGGAAAUCGUCAAAUAUCUUAUUGGUAAUGGUGCUAUCGUCGAUGCAGUUGGUGGAGAAUUAGCCUCGACUCCGCUUCACUGGGCUACGAGGCAAGGGCACCUACCAACGGUCGUAUUAUUGCUAAGAGCAGGUGCUGAUCCUUCUUUGAGAGACUCGGAAGGGUUUUCAUGCAUUCACUUGGCAGCUCAGUUCGGUCAUACCGCCAUCGUUGCAUAUCUAGUCGCAAAAGGAGUUAAUCCAAAUAUGCCUGACAGGAGUGCCAUGACUCCAUUAAUGUGGAGUGCAUAUAAAGUGAAUAGUCUAGAUCCAACCCGAUUGUUAUUAACCUUGGGUGCAUCAAAUUCACUCACAGACAACCUCCAUGGUAAUACUGCCUUGCAUUGGGCCAUUAUAGCAAAGAACAACACUGCCAUAUCAACGUUAGUUCACAGUGGGGCAUCAUUAGAUGUUCCCAACUUUCAAAACGAAACACCGCAAAGCUUGUUGAGUCCACAUAUAGGAGCAGUGUGGCUGGGUCAUAAGAUAAGUCAAGAAAUUAAAGAGAAACAAGGACGUACAAGAGCAUGGUGCAGAGACAAGAGAGUGAGAUGGUAUUGUAUGGUCAGCACUCCUUUCUUCGUGUUUUACAUCAUCGGGUUAGUCCUACAAAGUGGAUUCGAUUAUUUAGCAAAAUUAGGUGCCUUCCUCACCAUCUACAUAGCCGUCUACUUAGCGAAUCACUUUCUGUUUGAUGAGCGUCUCUUUCACAUUCUGCCCAUGUCGAUAUAUUUGUCCACAAAGAUGUGGAUAUAUAUAACAUGGAUAUUUUGGCUGGGAGUACAUGCAGCUUGGUAUCAGUGGUUCAUGUUAGUUGUUGGAUCCGUUCCUUUGUGGACAUGCUUUUUAAAAUCAUGGAGGGGAGAUCCAGGAGUGAUUACAGCCACGCAUGAAGACAAAUUAAAUACAAUCAUUGAGUUGGCAGAAUCUGGUGGCUUUGAACCACAAUGGUUUUGCAGUAGCUGCUUAGUUAGAAGACCGAUACGCUCAAAGCAUUGUUCUUCGUGUGAUCGAUGCGUUGCUCGAUUCGACCACCACUGUCCUUGGGUGAAUAACUGCAUUGGAGCAAACAAUCACAAAUAUUUCCUUGGAUUCUUGGCAUCUUUACUAGCCUUGUGUAUUGUAGUUUUGUCAGCCAGCGUACAAUACUGGCAGUUUGAGUGUUGGAGCAAUCUCACAAAUGGCCAUAGUCCAGACAAUUACUUGGUAUCAGCAGCUACCUGCGACGCGUGGGUAGCUUGGGUGUCUGCAAAUACAGCACUUCAUUCUUUUUGGGUGGGAACGUUGUUAACUUGUCAGUGCUAUCAGAUCAUGGUCCUGGGUAUGACAACCAAUGAACGUAUGAAUUCAGGUCGUUACAAACACUUCAAGCAAGGUAAUCCCUUUCACAGAGGGGCAAUACAGAACGCUGCUGAUUUUUGUGGGUUAAGCUUUUGCGGUGUUAAGGCAAAGCCGAGCUCAGACUGGUUGCAUAGCUUUGAUCUCAAGCAGAGUAUAGAAAAAUUACCUUUGCUUACGGAAAAAGACAAUUAUCAAUAUGUAUAAGGAUAUUUGAUAGCUAAUACGGUAUAUCUCGUCUGAAGAUUAUUGGCAUUGUUAUUACGUUAUCACUAUUGCAGUUAUCAGAUUCUGAUACGCCAUAUCACUUGUUUAUAUGGCUAUUCUGUAGUACCAAAGAGAGUUACUAUAUUGAAAUAAUAAUGCGUAAGUGACUUGAUAAGAUUGGAUGGUAAGCAAGGAGCAAACUGUGUAUCUAAACACAUUCCUAGAACUGUAAUUAAAACGAAGGGAGUUUAAAAAUUUCAUUUGAAAUCAAUAAUGUAAACUUGAUCAAUUGAUCUUUAUACUCGUCGUGUAACAAAUUCUUUCAGCUAAUCGCCUUUGCAGUUAACGUUUACUUGCUAGUGUCGUGUUUGAAUUUUUAUUCUAAGUAAGUCAAGGUAGAAGUUGAAAAUGAUGAAAGGAGUUUCAGGUUUGCACUAGAGACACCUACAUUUCUCCUUGUAUCUAUAUGAUUAGUAAUUGUAUUGAAAUCCUUGUACAAAUUUUAUCACAAGCACUGUUGAUGCCAGUUUAAUUUUUAUAUUAUUUAGUAACUUGUGUUAGUGAUCCCGAACCAGUUCUGAAAUUUGCCCACCUGGUUUUACCAUUACUGUGAAGUAAUCGAAAUUCCGAGUCAUGGUCUGAUUUCGGCAGAGAUGCCUUAGUAUUAGUACACAUUUUUAAUGAGAAAAUUCAUGAAGUAUCUUGAUUGGCGAUUCAUUGCUUAUUAUUCUUAAAACACUAUUUGCUCGCGUUGUGCCAUAACUUGUGAAACAUGUUAGGAUUAUACAUACAGGAUGAGGCGAUAUAAAGCAUUGCACUAAAGUUGAAGAUACACGGUUUUACUAACAUUAAAAAUUACCUAUGUAUGUAAAUAACUUCGAUAUUUUUGCAAAUAAUUACAUUAACCAAAUUCUAUCCCAUCAACAUAACUGUGUCACUUUAUAUGGCCCGACCUGUAGAAAUAAUUGUAUCACAUGCCAAAAGCAACUAUACAACAGAACCCUUUAUGCGAUGAAAAACUUCUAGAGAAAAACCUGACGGUUUUUAUACUUUUGAAGGAUACUUUUUAGUAUCUUACAAUUCAUAGAAUUGCUCAAAAAAGUCGGUAAUAGGGCGUAUUGUUUUAUUGAUUGCAUAAGUUGUCUACGAUUACUGCAAUUCUUUUUUAUUUUUAAUAUAUUUUACUGUAAUAAUUUGUAUAUACCUUGCGUCAUUUAAUAUUUUCCUUUUCCACCGAAGCAAGUAAUUUGAUUGACGUGAAUUGUGAUAAAAGUUGUUAGUGAAAUAGCGAUAAUAAUUAAAGUCCAGAAACUGGCAUUAAGUUCUUUAUACCAAAAGAAAAAAUUUGAUUUUGAUACGCCAUGAAUUUGGUAUUCAAAUUUAUUCACUUCAUUGAAAUCUAUCAUAUGAGAUGCAUGAUGUAAUCUCUGAUAUGAACAAAUCAGCGUUAAUAUUAGAUUAAUUAUGGCAUAUUAUAGAUUAGGGCAAACAUUGUGUGGGCAUCAUGUAUGGAGCCAGUUUUAAAAUACGCUUUGCAAGCAAUUUAAGAAAAAAAAAUUGGUAAUAAUUGUAAUAAUUGAAAAUCUUACUGUUUCAGAUAGUUGCUUGUUGUCUUGCUAACACAGAUUUUAACAGAACUUAUGGCUGCACUUCAUUAUCGUUCAAUAAACAAAAAGUAACAGCUAUGUACUUACAAUGUGCAAAUUUCUGCAACAGUGUUGUAACUGGGUUCUAGGAGCUCUUUUAGAGCUUAGUAACAUCAUUGUUGCAAUCUUUUUCACGUUAUUAGUAUUUAUAACUGUUACUUUAUGGUUGAGUGGUUGGUUUAUGUUCCGCACACCUACGGUUUUAUAUUUUCGACCGUUACAUCCAUGUUGUGAAGUAAUGGUAAGCUCCAUUUCUGUUAAUCUAUCAUUUCUCCAAUAUUAUUGGAUCGCUAUACUGUGAAAUAAUAUUUCCAAUCAUGUUGUAGCUGUAAAUUACUUUAUACACCUCUGGCUCACGUUAUUUAUUCGGUAAGAAGUACAUUGGUCCUGUGUGUACUUUAUAUUUUUGCAAUGUCUCUCUAAAUACAUAGUGUGUAAAUUGUUUAUGACACAACGAUUAGUACGUCCUUGUCACAAUUGAUAUCAUAAGUAUCAACACAUACAUGUGUCUUGAUGGCUGAAGAGCGUAGUUAUCAUCGCACAACACAUAUUUAUUCAUUAAAAGCAUGCGAAACUGUGUACGAUAACAUUUCUUGUGGAUGUAAAAAUAAAAAAUAAUUGAUCCAAAAAAUGAGAACUUUAAAUGUAAAGCUCAUUAAAAAUAGAGACCUGUUGACAAUUAAGUCAUUUGUCUCAAGCGUCAAGAUCUGACCAAAUUUUAGUGUAUC